GAACUAGAAGAAGAGAGAAGUGCCUCUGCAAUAGCUGCUAACCAGACAAUGACAAUGAUUACCAGGCGGCAGGAAGAAAAAGCAGCAAUGCAAAUGGAAGCAUUGCAGUGCCAAAGAAUGAUGGAAGAGCAAUCAGAGUAUGAUCCGGAAGCUUUGCAGAUUUUGAAUGAUUUAAUGAUGAAAAGAGAGAAAGAGAAGCAAGAACUUGAAAUGGAAUUGGAAGAGCACAGGAAAAAGAUACUGGACUAUGAAGGAAAAGAGAAAUUGAGGGUGUUGAGAAGAAAAGAUGGAAUUGAUGAAGACAAUGGCAUCUUCAACCAUGAGGAAAGCAGCCACAACAAUUUAAGUGCUGAUACAGUUUCAAAUUUGGAGGAGAUGGCAAUAGACUGUGCAAAGUAUAUAAGUGUUGUUGAUAAUUCAUUGGCAGAAUUUGAGGAAGAGAAGGUGUCCAUUCUAGAUGAGUUCAAAGCAUUGAGGGAAAAACUUAUCGCAGUGGUGAUAUAA